AUGGAGUAUGGUGUUACCUUCUCUCCUGGUGAUAUGCACCUUCAUGCUUACAGUAAUGCAGACUGGGCAGGAGAUCCAUCUACACGCAGAUCUACAACUGGCUUUGUAGUUUUCAUUGGUUCAAAUCUAGUGUCUUGGCAAUCUAAGAAGCAAGGGUCUGUUUCCCGGAGCUCUACAGAAGCCGAGUAUAGGGCUCUUGCCAAUACAGCUGCCGAUAUUGCUUGGGUUCGACAAGUAUUGGCUGAUUUACAUGAGUAUCUUCCUGAGCCUCCAUUAUUGUUCUGUGACAACCUUUCUGCCUUAGCUCUCAGUUCAAAUCCUGUGCAACAUUCUCGGAUAAAACAUUUGGAUAUAGACUUUCAUUUUAUUAGAGAACGAGUUCAAAGCAGGGAUAUCAUGGUGCAGUACAUUCCUACUGAAGAGAAAAUUGCAGACGUCUUUACCAAGGGUUUACAUGGCCCUGUUAUACCCUCAGAAUUCGGAUCAUUGCUUGAUCUUGAAUAUAUUGACUUGUCAACAAACAAAUUGAAUGAAUCAAUUCCAAGCAUUGUAGGAGAUUUGUUCAGAUUACACUACUUGAAUUUGAGUAACAAGAAGUUGGUUCAAGCAAUUCCAUUGGAGUUGCAGAAGUUAGUUCAAUUGACUGACCUCGAUUUAAGUCAUAACUCACUCGAAGGUUUCAUACCAAAAAAUUUCCAAGACAUGCGCGGCUUGUUGUACGUUGACAUAUCCUACAAUCAAUUGGAAGGUCCCCUUCCCAAUAACAGUGCAUUGCGAGAAGCUCCGCCAGAAGCAUUAAAAGGGAAUAAAGGAUUGUGGGGCAAAGUUGGAGCUCUGCUGCCACCCUGCAAUGAACAUGGCUCAAAAAAGCACCGAAAACGGGAAUGCUUAAAUGAAAUAAGGGCAGUGUCUGAGAUAAGACACCGAAACAUUAUGAAGCUUUAUGGUUUCUAUUCACAUCGACUACACUCAUUCUUGGUGUAUAAGUAUCUUGAAAGGGGAAGCUUGGCCUCAUUGUUGGGCAAAGAUGAUGAAGCUAAAGAGUUGGGGUGGAGCAAAAUGGUGAAUAUUGUGAAAGGUGUAGCUCAUGCCUUGUCGUGCAUGCACCACGAUUGCUUGCCGCCAAUUGUGCAUCGUGACAUAUCAAGCAACAACAUUUUGCUAGAUUCUGAAUAUGAGGCCUGUGUUUCUGACUUUGGCAUUGCCAAGUUUUUAAACCUGGACUCAGCCAAUUGUACUGCCGUUACAGGCACAUAUGGCUAUGUGGCGCCAGAGCUUGCAUAUACAAUGGAAGUGACCGAGAAGUGCGAUGUUCAUAGCUUUGGAGUUGUCACACUGGAAAUAAUUAUGGGAAGACAUCCAGGAGAUGUUUUCUCUUCUAUAUCAUCCGAGGCGUCAUCGUCAUCGUCAUCGUCAUUUGCAUCACCUGCCCCAGAAAUGCCAAUUUCGGAUGUUUUGGACCAACGCAUCUCCCCAUCCACAAAACAAGAAGCGGAGGAGGUGGUGUCUCUUGUGAAGAUAGCAUUUGCAUCCUUAAACCCCAGUCCGCAGUGUCAUCCAAUGAUGAAGAAAUUUUCUCAGCUCCUCUCAUCAACUCAGAGGCUGCAUUUGUCAAAGCCAUUGCAUAUGAAAACAUUUGGUGAAUUGCUUGCUCUUGAUGGUUUCACUACCUGA